AUGCCUUUUUAUCUGGAUUUCUCAAGCUAUAUGCAUGAGGGCCAUGCACCAAUGCCACAUGCUUGGUUUCCAUCAUUCUUACCUCGUCCUAAUGCCAACCCAUCUCCAUGGACUUGUCAGGGAUUUCAGUUAUUAGCCCCCUCUUCGAUUGGUUUAAACUCUGCAAGCUCAAGGCACGUGGAAGAAAUUCAGGAGCCCACACCUGAGUCGAGGGAGGUUGAAACUUUGUCUACGCCCUCUGAAUCCAAAGAUGACAAUGAAGAAGGGACAGCAGUGCAUACUAAGGAGGCCGAUAUCAUUGAGGAGCCGAAGUUGGGGAUGGUGUUUAAAUCUGAAGAAGAUUUAAUUUCUUACUAUAAAAGCUAUGGAAAACAAUGCGGCUUUGGGAUAAUGACACAAAGGAGCCAUAGGUUUGAGGAUGGGAGGCUCAGAUAUAUCACAUUGGGUUGUGCUCGUGGCGGGAAGGCAUGGAAUCAGACCACAAAUGUCGCUCGACCACGUCCGACAUCAAAGACAGGCUGUAAUGCAAGGAUAAAUGCUACGUUUUCUGAAGGGAUGUUGAAGUUGUUGACUGUUCACAAUACCCACAAUCACAAGCUAAGUCCACAAAAGGCAAGGUUCUUUCGAUGUAAUAGAGAAGUGAGUUUGUCUAUUAAGAGAAUGCUAGAUACAAAUGAUCAGGCUGGUAUUAGAAUGAACAAGAGUAUCGCUGCUCUUGUGCAAGAAGCAGGUGGGUUUGAGAACUUGUCAUUCAAUGAAAAAGACUGUCGUAACUACAUUGAUAAGGCACGCCACCUUCGACUUGGGAAAGGUGGCGCUGGAGCCCUCCAUGAGUAUUUUGAUAGGAUGCAAUACAAGAAUAAUGGAUUCUUUUCCCUAAUGGAUAUGGAUGAUGAUGAGAGGUUAAAAAAUAUUUUUUGGGCAGAUUCACGAAGUAGGGCAUCAUACAAAUAUUUUGGUGAUGUUGUCACAUUCGACACUACAUAUCUGACAAAUAGGUAUGGAAUGCCGUUUGCACCGUUUGUUGGUGUAAACCACCAUGGACAGUCAAUCCUUUUGGGGGCAGGAUUGAUUUCUAAUGAGGAUACAUAA